AUGUCGAAGAGAAUAAUGAAUGAAGUAUUCUGUACUGCUGAGGACAUGGGCUUGCAUAUAGCCUAUCAGGAUACGGACAGUAUGCAUAUUUUCAAUGAAGACAUCCCGCGUUUAGCUCAGGAAUUUCAGAAGAGAUAUGGUAGAGAACUUAUUGGUAAAACAUUAGGUCAAUUUCAUAGCGACUUCGCAGAAAUAACACCUGAAAAACAAAGUUUAGCAUACAAGUCAAUAUUUUGUGGAAAGAAGACCUACAUAGACUUACUCACUAACGAUUUAAAUGAAGUUGCAUUCCACUGCAGAAUGAAAGGCGUGAAGCAAGAUGUUAUUGCUUUAACCGCUAAUGAAAUGUUUCCUGAAGCUAUACAAUGCUAUUACAAUGAAGAUAAAGGUUUAAUGGUUCCGCAAGGAAAAUUUGACAAAGACUCUGAGUUCAGUGUUAUGAAGUUAUAUAAAGCACUUCAUGAUGGUCAAGAGAUUGUAUUUGACUUAUGUAAGUCAUGUCAACCUUGCUUUGAAGAGAAGUUUAACUUCUCAAUAACGACUAAAACAAGUUUCAUACGUAAGUUGAAGUUCUGA